UGUGACGAUCAUCCAAAAAUCAGUCGUCAGGCAUCGUUAUAUCUCCUUUCACAGGUGUUUUUAAUUAUACACUACAGGCCAUUGGUAAAUGCUUUAGCUGAUGUGAUCUUGAAUGGGGACCUUUCAGUGUUCAGUAUUAAUUCGGAGCAGGAUUCUUUGAAGCAUUCACUUUUCCCGACUCCAAUGACUAGCUCUCCAUCAAUACCAAAGAUGUCUGCAAGCGUUCGAUGUUUCACUAAGCCAGUAGAAACAUUAGAGAGAUCACUUGAGAUAAGUCGACACAAGGGCAAAAAGAAACUGCAGAAAAGACCAAACUAUAAGAAUGUGGGUGAAGAGGAUGAAGAGGAGAAGGGAAUGGAAGAAAAGGAAGAUGACGCUGAAAAGCUGAAAGGUACUGAGUCUAGUACAAAGGGCAUCAAGACAAGUGGGGAGACUGAAGAAAUUGAGAUGGUUAUAAUGGAACGAUGCAAGGUUUCAGGCCCCCAGCAAGUAGGCUUGACUGAACAAAAUACAACCGAUGAGGAGAAAACAGCAGCUGCCUCAAGGGUCGAUAAUCCGAAAAGAAG